GACCUCACUGCACCUUCCUGCCACUCCGGGCAGCAUCUGGGCCCUCAGCUCCCCCUCCGUCUACUGGUACCUACGUACCCAACACCGCUAGCCCCAUAGCCACCGGCACCAGGGAUCCCAGCCCAGGCGGAGGAAACACUGAGCCUAGAGACAUGCGAGUCCGCGGAGCAUUUCACCUGCUGCUUGUGUGCCUGAGCCCAGCACUGCUGUCCGCUGUGCGGAUCAAUGGGGAACAACAGGAAGUCCUGAACCUGGCGGAAGGUGACAGUGUGAGACUGGGCUGCCCCUACAUCCUGGACCCUGAGGACUAUGGUCCUAAUGCGCUGGGCAUCGAGUGGAUGCAGGUCAACCCAGAACCCUCACGUCAGGAGAAUGUGCUCCUUAGUUACCGGGACAAGAGGGUCAACCAUGGCAACCUCCCCAGUCUGCAGCAAAGGGUCCGCUUUGCAGCCCCAGAUCCCAGCCAGGACGAUGCGUCCAUCAGCCUCUCGAACCUGCAGGUAUCCGACACAGCUAUCUAUGAGUGCCGGGUUAAGAAGACCACCGUGGCCACCCGGAAGGUCAUCAUCACUGUCCUAGCACGGCCUGCGGUGCCCAAGUGCUGGUUUGAGGGCUACAUGUCAUAUGGCAACAAUGUGGUGCUGAAGUGCCUUGACAGUAGGGGCAGCCCGCCUGUCACCUACAGGUGGGACAGGAUCAAGAAGCGCAUCCCCUACCGUGCCAAUUCCUACGAGUACCAGAGCAGCUUCCACUCUGAGUUCUCCUACGACGAGUCCUUCUACAGCUCCAUAAGUCAAGGCAUGAGCCAUGGUGAGUGGGUGUUGACGGACAUCUCCUACAAGGAUGAAGGGCUGUAUCAGUGCACAGUGGCCAACCGUGUAGGCUACAGCGUAUGUGUGGUGGAGGUGAAGCUCUCAGGACGCUGGGACAUAGGAAUAAUCAUUGGCGCAGUGCUGGGGUCUUUACUCAUACUGGGCUGCCUGAUGUUGGGCAUCUGGUGGCUUGUCCGCCGCUGCUGCAGGGGGCCCCGCGGUGCCUUCUGCUGCGGUGGUGAGGUCUGCAGAAAGGCCUCCUGUGACUUGCCUAAUGAUAUCAGAGAGGACGACGUGGCGCCCAGGUGCAAGGCCAAAGGGCGCGGCAGCAGCGUUACCCACCUCCUGGGGUACCCGAUGCAGAAGAUCAGGGGCUCCCUGAGGCUCCAGUACGCGCCUUCUCACUGCGAAGGCCCCGAAGACUCGGCCCUGGCGUCCAGCGCCGCCGCCGCCUCUCUAGACUGCAAAGCGGACCAGUCCCCGGUCUACGUCAUGGUCGAGAGUGCAAAGCCAGACGACUGCGCCGCUGAGGGGUCGCGGCCGUGCAAGUUCGGCCUCCUGGUGUGAACGCGCGGCGCCGGGCUCCUGCCGGGCCAGGAGGAGGGUGCGGGUUCUCUGCCUGCAUCUGGGGACGCGCUCGGGCCGGCGCCGACCUCGCCUGCCCAGGGCCGCCCGGCGGCAGGGGGCCUGGAAGAGUUUCCCUCGGGAGCUGAGUUGGGCGGCUGCGCCUUCUCCCCUAAAGUGGGAGGGGGCGGGGGAAGGAAGAGAGGCCAUCGCGGCCCUCUCUGCGUCCCCGGGGGCCCUGAGGCUUGGGCAGAGGGAGGGGGGAGGAAGUGUCCGAGAGCGCUGGAGGCCGGAGGCCAGGUGUCCCCCGCCAAGGCAGAGAACCCCGGGGGCCGGGUGGCUGGGGG